AUGAGUUCUCUUACUGUUGAAACUGCGGGAGCACCGUGCGAAGCUGUAUUCCCUGUGGAGGCGGAAGGGCAAGGGGGAAUGUGUGAGCUGUCUACGCAGCCCUCGAUGCACGAUCCAGGACUGUGGGAAGAAGAAGGCAUUUCCUUCCCGCUCUCGCAACCAGAGCCUCCACGGCGGCAUCCUCAAUCUUCGUCAGCUUCUGUGCAGCGCCGCCGGCGCUCCGCUGCCUGCUGCUCGGCUCCGUACGUCGGAGCUGGGCAGCAAUCGGGGGCCCGACGUACUCGCUGUGAAGGGGGGGCCACACCGUCUCGGAGGAAGCAGUCGCCUGCUCACGAAAUCGCACCUGAAUCGCCAUUGCGGUCGUGCCUGGUUUCUGCAUGGAAAGAUGAAUGCCCCUCAGAAGAAGAUGCUGCGAAAGCGGCGCGUGACCUGACAGAGGCUGCCGUCGCCUCUGCGAGCGCCUUUGCCGCUGAUGCGCGCACUCUCGAUCCCGCCUCGUAUGCAGCCAAGCCCACUGCCUUUCUGUACAGAGGCCACACCGCCCAAAUUGCCACCUCCACCGCUGGCAUGUACGGUGAAAUGAUCGAAAGCUUCAUCAAGCAGGUGGUGGCUUAUGCGAAGCAAUACGGUGCCGACCAGUUCAGUGUCUUCUGCGAUCUGGGCAGCGGACGGGGGGCCCCUAGCGCGAUUGCUGCUUACGAACACGACUGGCUUGCUUGUCUGGGGAUAGAGAAGUGCCCACAGGCGUUUGGGCUGUCGCUGGAGACGCAGCGGUGUUUGCUUCUGCGGGAGGCGUCGGCGCGGCUGCGGGCUAGGGAUCGGGCUCUAGAUCCGGGUGUCAAGACAGCGACGAGUGCUAAGGUGGAGAAGGGAGAUGCAGGGACAGAAAGUGCUCUGACCAAAGAUAUUCAGGAAUUGUUUCAGGCUAGACCUAUGCGCGCCGUGGCCUUUGCCCACGAUGACCUCUCGGCAUUCCUGGACUUAGAAGGUGUUACCCACGCCUACUCCUUCGAUGCCGCCAUGGAGGGGCCUCUGAUUAACUUGAACGACUUGAUAUCUCGAUUUGAUUUGAAAGGUGCGGAGAUAAGGCACCAAAUCAGCAGCAGCAUGUGGGUGUCUUCCGAGGGGCGAACUGCAUACGUGUACGUAAAGACAGACUGGAAAGAAAGACAGCAGCGGCACCGGAGGUGGCUGCGAGAGCAGAUUCUAGCCCCUCAGCUGCAGCAGAAAGAGGAGCAACACAAACUGCUGCGUCAUGUGCGCAUACAGCAACAGCUUGUGCUGCAGCAACUGCAACGGCAAGAUGAGCAAGCAUCCAUAGACUAUACCAGAGCUGCGGCAGCUGCCGCCGAGUUUGCGCAGAGGACUCCUCGCAGCAGCAGACGGAGUUCCAUUGGGACCCCACGAUGCCGCAGUAAUAGCAGGAAGCGUUACAGUGCUGCAGCAGAGGCCCUGCAGCAACAACAGCAAAAGCAGCAGGAUAUGGUGCUGUUCCACCUAGCAGCGCGACGGCAACAACUGCAGGUACUAGAAGAUCUUGGACCUGAACAUUCGACGUGGGGAGAAAUUUGGGGGGAAAGGCAGCAACUGCAACGAGAGCAAGGGCCGCCAAAGCAGAAGCAAAGUGUAGAUAAGGGGGUUGCAGAAGACGACCACAUGCUAUUGGAGCAGUUGCGUGCAUUCCGCACCACCCAUUUGCGGCUUUCCAAGUGGCAUCAGCCGCUGACAGUGCAAAGCCUGCUGCUGGUGGCUUUGCUGCCAUUCGAGGGGCAGAACCAAUGGCUGCAGUUGCAGCAGCAGCUGUUGCAGCCCGCGUCCGGUGUCCUGACGCGCGCACAGCGGCUGCUGCUGCUGGGGUACGACGAGGGCGAGCGGAAGGAAGAAGAGCUGUCGAGAGACAAGUGGCUGGAGCAGCUGGCAGCAACGUCUGGUGCAGAAGACGCAAAAGCUCUAAGAAAAGAUAUUUACAUGAGACUCACUCACCAGCGCAAACAAGAUCGGUCCCUCUUCACCUUCUUGCCACCCGACAGAAAUGCCUGUGCAGCUUCUAGCGGGGAUGUGGCGCUUCCUGACGGGGCCUCCCUUCGCCUGGGAUUCCGACACAGCUUGAAAGAGUUGCAGGAAAAGCAAUCCCCGAUGCGCUCCCCCCGAUGUCUUGGUUCCGGAACACCAACUGCCUCUAGGGAGGGGUCACCUGCCCGGCGGUCUCGCGUGUGCGGUGACGCUAGAGAGGCAGAGGAAGCGUUGUCAUGCCAUCAGCAGCUACCGAGAAACCCCAGCCGCACUCCAUCCCGGCAACCGGCCAGGCGACGACUCAGCAGUCAAUCUAUCUCUCCUGUGGCUUCCCGCAGACGCGCCUCAGGCUUCACUGUUGCCUCUUCUUUCCUGAGUGCUGCCGACGCGGCAGCAGCAGCCACACCGACCCGGCCAAGGGGGACUACCUUGGCAGCGGUCGGUACACCCAAUACUUGCCGAGCAGUUCAACGAGCGGAGAGAGCGCUCCAAGGUCUCGCCUUCAGAGGAGCAGAAGACGCCACCCACAACAAGGCGGAUCGAGCGCCGAUGUCACAGGAUACGCCGUGA